GCCAGUGCCGUUUUUCUGCGAACAAAUGCUAAUAUUCCUCGUGUUUCUCGUCGUAUCAUGCGCGGUGUACUGGUGCUGGGUGCGCCGACGCAGCCGUUACGAACCCCCGCUGUUGCCGCAGUCCUGGCCGCUUAUCGGACAUGCGCCUUUGCGUACUAUGGAUAACACUCGUCUCUGGGAGCUAAUGCAGCUGGUUUCCCACAGGUGCCUGGAGGCAGAUGGUGCUGUCACCCUGCUGCUUGGGCCACAAACUGUGUAUGUCCUUACCGAUCCCGAAAUGUGCACCGCGGUGGCCAACACGUGUUUGGACAAGAGCGAGUUUUACCAAUUCGGUAGGCGAUGGGUGGGCGAUGGCCUCGUUACUGCUGACGUACCAACCUGGAAGUACCACCGCAAGCUCCUCAAUCCUGCGUUCAGUCAACAAGUGUUGGAUGGAUUUCUUGGCGUCUUUAAUAGUCAGGCCAGGAGGUUGGUAGCUGAUCUAGAGGACAUAGAGGAGGAGUUCGAUCAUUGGCCGCAUCUGGCUCUUAAUGGUUUGGAGACUAUUUGUUUAACGUCACUGGGAAUGGAAGUGAAUACACAUGAGGACAAACGCCUUAACAAACAAUUUUUCCACGCUCUCGAAGAGAUGUUUCACAUAAUAAUGGAGCGAGUGACAAAGGUAUGGUUAUACAACGACCGUGUGUACAGCUGGACAAGACUAAAGAAAAGGGAAGAUAAGUUAUUGGAAGUUCUGCACAAUAUGUCUAACAAGAUUCUGCAAAAACGAAAACAGGAGCUAAAAGAUAACAACAACAUCUUAAAUCAAAUAGACCUUCUAGGUGGGAAAUUCAAGCCGUUCUUAGACUUACUACUGGAACUAGCUGAAGAGAAGUCUGUCUUCACUGACCAGGAAAUCAGAGAACAUGUUGAUACUAUGAUCGUGGCUGGACAUGAUACUAGUGCUAAUACUUUGAUGUAUACUUUGGUAUUGCUUGGAUCACACUCUAAAGUACAGGAAAAUGUUUAUCAGGAAAUACUGGAAGUACUGGGUCCAGAUAGAGACGUAGAGAAGCAAGAUCUCUCGCGAUUGGUUUACACGGAGGCUGUUAUUAAGGAGAGUCUUCGUCUUUAUCCCAUCUUUCCCGUCGUUACACGGACCUUGGAUAAGGACAUUAAGCUGAGAAACUAUACCUUAUUUUCCGGGAAUCUCUGUUUCAUUAUGGUAUAUGGCCUACAUCGUCACUCCGUAUGGGGCCACGAUGCAGCACUGUUUCGACCGGAACGAUGGCUGGAUGGUAGUCUACCAGAUAGUGCCAACGCCUUUGCUGGUUUCAGUAUCGGCAGGAGGGGAUGUAUUGGUGAGUAG